GGGCGGGCCCCCGACAUUAGGAUGACAAGCCCUACAGCCUCCAAUUCGCCGAUGGCAACAGAUAAGUAAAAAGUGAGCUCCGCGGACGCACGACAACACAGCAACUGAAGUGGAAAGCUGCUCCUGUUCUGCUCAGUGCCUCCUUUUAGGACGUCGCCUUUUUCAAAGCGCUUCGGCCUCAGACACCAAACGGGACACAAGCAAAACCAACAAGGCAGAUUCUAACAGAAAAUCGCCUCCUUCUGGUUUUCCGCCUCCUUUUUUCCUCUCUUCUCUUUAUGCCAGGGAAGUGCUCUCAGUUGUUUUUGUAAUCAUAGGUGGAUUUUUUUUCUCCUUUCUUUAUAAUAUCGACUGAAUCCAGACAAACUAAUGACGGCAGAGGUUCAGCAGCCCCCAGCGCAGCCUCCUGCCCAGAGCAGCCCGAUGUCCGCGCAGGAGAAACCUCACGGACAGACGGUGGUGAUGGAAACCGGCUCAUCCACCACCAAAACUAAGAAGACGAACGCAGGGAUCCGGAGACCGGAGAAGCCCCCAUACUCAUACAUAGCUCUGAUAGUCAUGGCCAUUCAGAGCUCUCCAACCAAGCGGCUCACGCUCAGUGAAAUUUACCAGUUCCUCCAGAGCCGCUUCCCGUUCUUCAGAGGCUCCUACCAGGGAUGGAAGAACUCCGUGCGUCAUAACUUAUCUCUAAACGAGUGCUUCAUUAAGCUUCCUAAGGGCCUCGGUCGGCCUGGGAAGGGCCACUAUUGGACUAUCGACCCGGCCAGCGAAUUCAUGUUCGAGGAGGGCUCCUUCAGAAGAAGACCCAGGGGUUUCAGGCGCAAAUGCCAGGCGCUGAAGCCCAUGUACGGCAUGAUGAACGGCCUGGGAUUCAACCACAUCCCCGAGGCAUACAACUACCAGGGGAGCGGCGGAGGCCUGUCCUGUCCGCCCAACAGCCUGUCUCUGGACAGCGGGAUCGGGAUGAUGAAUGGACACUUGGCGGGUAACAUGGAUGGGAUGGGUCUCUCCGGCCACUCCAUGUCGCACUUGUCGAGCAACAGUGGACAUUCCUAUAUGGGAAGUUGCACCGCGUCCACCGGGAGCGAAUACCCGCACCACGACAACUCCGCGUCCCCUCUGCUCACCAGCGGGGGGGUUAUGGAGCCUCACCCCGUCUACUCGAGCUCGGCUUCGGCGUGGGCCUCUGCCCCUCCGGCUUCGCUCAAUAACGGGGCUUCUUAUAUCAAGCAGCAGCCUCUGUCUCCGUGCAACCCAGGGGCAAACAGUCUGCAGCCGAGCUUGCCCACACACUCACUGGACCAAUCCUACCUGCACCAGAACGGACACAGCACCACAGAUUUACAAGGUAUUCCUCGGUACCAUUCCCAGUCUCCCAGCAUGUGCGACAGAAAGGAGUUCGUGUUCUCCUUUAACGCAAUGACCUCCUCCGCCAUGCACUCACCGGGAAACAGCUCCUACUACCACCACCAGCAGGUCUCCUACCAGGACAUCAAGCCGUGCGUGAUGUGAUCCCUGCAGGGACGAGCUGCAGACCGCAUGGACGGCGUGUGUGUGUGAGUCAACCCGGACUGGAGACAUCCAGGCAGCAGCAAGGGAACUGAGAUUGAUAAUAAAAAAAAAAAAACACCACUGAGAGACUUUUUUUUUUUUUUUUUUUUGAAACCAAGGAGAGAGCUCCCUGCCUCCAUGUAGAACGGACUACUUUCAUGAGUUUUUGGAGACCAGACGACUAAAGCCACACAAUAAUAAAUAAUAAUAAUAAUAUAUAAUGAAACAAACUUUUUAUACUUUCAAUGUGGCAAAAGAAAAAAAAAACUGUUGCUGUUUGGUACUAAGUCCUGCAGAGCGGAUGACCUCUCACUUCUCACAUGUUUAAUCAUUUUGUAAAAUAUGCACACCUUCAUUUUCUCCGUUUAUUUUUAUUUUUUGUAUUAUUUCUAAUUCUUAUUUCGUUAACAAAUGAGCUGGAACAAAAUAUCCAGCAUUGAAUUCUGAUUCAAUAAUUAUGGACAAUACAUAGGCAUAUAUACUGUACGUCCAUACUGUAUACUGUGUAAAAAAAAUGGCACUUUUUGAAUAGCCUAUAAGCGCAACUUUAUUUAUUCUCUAGGCCUGUAUUUUCAAUUUCAGGCAAAUUGGCCAAGGCGUUCAGUGCUUUAUUGGCAAUAUUUGUCAAGAUGUGUGUUAUUUGUUUAAAAAAAAAAAAAAAAAAAA